AUGGCAGACUCGAAGGUAGGUUGGAAUGAUGGCCUGCUCAUCGUGUCCCUCAUGUACAUGUGCGUGGACAUCCAGUACGAGUGGGAGGGCUUCAGCAGCUGCAAGCGGCCCAUCCACAAGUGGCUGCUCCUCAGCUACGGCCUGGUUGUCAUGUCCCGGGUCGUUCAUGUCUCUGGGGCCUUGAUGUCCCAGAGCUCGCAGAGCGAAAGCGAGUUCAUGCUGAACCUGCGUCAGAAGAGCACGGUGGUGCGGCUGCUGCUGUCUCUGAUGUGGCUGGUCAUCCUUCCCGCCUUUACGAUCUGGUCCGUGGUCGGUACCGUGUGGGUCUACGAGGUGAUGACUUGCACCCCGGAGUGCCUUCCGGGUGGCGCUCACUUCUGGUUUCUGAUCGUUUGGCAGGCACUCAGCUACUUCUGGAUCAUCGUCCACUGUGGCUUGGGCCUCGUUGCUUGGUACCUCGAGAGAAGGCUCCGGCGUGCCGAGGGCGACCUGAGGCAGCUGGAGGACCAGGAUCUGCUUUCACGCUGGGGGCAGGUGAGCCGCCUGCAGAGCUACACCUCCGUCCCGGGGCUCCCGGGGGCCGAGGGAGGCCUCAAGGCCGCCGAGAUCGCGGCCUUGCCCGGCUUGAUGGUCGUGGAUACACCCAUGGAGGACUGCCCCAUCUGCCUUACGGCGAUCGAGCCGGGUGAGAACGCCCGGCAACUUACCGUCUGCGGCCACACCUUCCACCGCUCCUGCAUUGAUCUCUGGCUUUACCGACGGGCCGACUGUCCCCUUUGCAAGUGCGAGGUGAAGCCAACCCAAGAGGAGACAGGCCUCCGCCGAAGGGGCGUCGAGGUCGCCUCCUGGACGGUCUGA